CAGGUUCCUGUCCACUUGCGAACAAGCUGGGAGGGAUUUUAUGCCGAAAUUUUGGCUUUAGCAGGACUUGCUGCGUAUGCUCUGAACUUCUUUGCUGGUCGUAGCAAAAACUCAAGGCUUGCAACUGCUUGGUAAAUAUGUUAUGAUUUCAUAAAUGCAGAGAGGAUCAUCACAGUUUAAUACUCAGUUGUGAAAAGAAAGCCUGAAAAAAUUCAUGCUUGCUGGGAUUUGAACACUGUACUGAUCUCGGUGAUACCAGUGCAGUGCUCUAACCAAUUGAGCUAACAUCCCAAAUGGGAACCGGUUAUUUCAAUCUUUGGUUUGCAUAGCCAAGAGAGAUUAAGGUCAAUUUAUUGAUGAAUAUAUACAGUAUAUUGUUAUGUUAUGUUUUGAUGUUAUUCCUAGUCUUUUCAUAUACAUGUAUACUUUUUUGUGUAUGGCUCAUAAUUUACGUGCAGUUUCAGUUUAGUCACUUUUGUCAUCUGUUAUCACUAAAAUUAGAGCAGUUUAGAGUUUAGAUCUAAACAAAAACUUAACCACAGCAUGAAGUGGAAACCAUUACUUCCAAUUGAAAUUUUGCUGUUAUUUUAUGAGUUCCACUGACUGAUUGAUCCGGUACCUGAAUUACUCCAUUGAUCAUGUACAGUCCAACCUCCAUUAACAGUCACCUCUUUACAACGGCCGCUUUUUUGGGCAGACAGUCCAUACAUUGACACUUGUUUAAACUUCUCUACAAUGGCCACUCUCCUCCGUCUCCAAGGUGGCCUUUGUAGAGAGGUUCAACUGUAAUUAAAUUACUCUGGUUAACAGUUCUUUUUACUGUAGAUUUUUUGGCAGUUUUAGAAAUGAAGAGCACUGUUACAUCACAGCUCAGAGAUAAGCGACCAAUGGACAUGCAAAACACAUGCACGUUUUUUGCAUUAACGCAAAAUCAUUAACUAGUUUGAAAGUGCAUUUUUGAAACUAGCUUUCGCUUUUGUUAUGCACUGUUUAAUGCAUAGCAAUGUAUGUUGUUCAGUGACAGCACUUGACUGUGGAUGAGUCAAACAAUUCGUGAUAAAUUUUGAUGUACAAGUACCCUCUGUUGUAUACAGGCAUGUAGUGUGAGCUGCAACUAAUGUGUAGUCUUUUGUUUUGUUUAUCUUUUAGGUUAAAAUCUAAUAAGGAACUUUUAGAAAGUAAUUUCAGCAUAGUUGGUAAGUUAGCUGUUAGGUUACUUAUACAUGUAAUAAUAGGUGAUACUUCAUUGUUACAGCUGUGAAGUACUGUCCACAAAUUUAAAGUUUGGUGACUGACAGAAAAGAGUGCAAAAUUGAAUUAACCUUAUUGCAUGUAAAUGUAAUUAUUUAAAUGUAUAUCUGUGUACAAAAACACAGCAAGCAACCAUUCUCAGCAUCCAAAAUCCAGAUAAUAAGUAUGUUUGUGGCAUUUUCCUUGGAAGCAUACAAAUAUAAAAGAUAUGCACCGAGCAAAAUGGUUGUGGUUCUUUUGAGUGCCCAUAUGCACAUUCAAUCCAAAUAAAUUAGAUCUUACUUGUUUUUGCACUUAAUUGACAGGUGACGAUGGUUCCAGUGAUGAACCUCAGCAAGGAGUGUUAGUAAAAGAGAGUGAAAGUCUUUGUACACUGUGGUGUACUGGAAGGGUUGGCUGUGAUGGUAUGCUUGUAGAAAUAAAGGUACAUGCUGUAGCAAACAUUCUUGUGCUAAAUCUUGUCUCCAGAUAUGUUUAUUUAAUUUUUUUUUUGGGGGGGGGGUGGGGGGUCAAAGGCAUGAAACUUUGUCAUGGGGGGUUAGGAUUUUUCUUUGAGGAUUGAGGGCUACAUGGCUACAGGUAUGGUGAAAGUGUAAUAAUAUAACCUUACAUGUAUUGCAUGCCAUUAACAUCAAUUUGUGUAUUAUACUGUCAACACAUUGGUCCUACGUAGUUUUGGGAGUGUAGUACCUUCACAAAUUUGAAAUUAAGGGUCUGACAAUCAUAAUGCAAAUUUGUGUUACAUUUAUUUUUUGUAUUUAUUUUUCUACCUGAAUUCUGAUUCCAGGAAGUUCUAGAGUCAACAAAACUUGUUUCUAAAAUUCUCCCCUUUGAAAUGUCUGCAUAUUGUGCAUAUUUUUAUGAUAGAUUCAGGACUGUACAUGAAAGGCCCAGAAGUUUGUGAAAAUAGAAGAAAAAAACAGCCAAAAGAAUUCCUUCACUGUUUGAUUCACUACCUACUUGUUGUAUUCAAUUGGAAACUUGAAAUCUUCGUAACAGUACAGCUAGUUCGGUAAUAAUUUAAUUGUUAUUGUUGUUCUUUCACAGUUGCAGAAACGUCAAGACUUAGUCAGUGUAAUGUCUUAUUUAGUGAAACCAGCAAAAGACACCGUAGUAAGUUGCUACAUGUAUAUUCUAUAGAAUACAACAUUUUCAAAAAGUUAUGUUCAGGAUAUGUACAUGUACAUUAUAUUGUAUUUCCUUCCACUUGCAUGCAAUUAGCCCAGUGGCAAUGUUAAAUUGUUCUUCUGGUGUAUGCAAAAAGCCCACAUCAUGGACUGCUGGUUUCAUACUGCAUUUUUAAUGAAAGUUCUCCACCAUGUCAGCGGGGGAGUAAAAAACAGAAGAAUGCUUUCUUGGUACAAGUGCUUGAAUCCUUUGCCUGUAGCCAUCACAUUUCAUCUUACAUGCACAGUUGUUAAAGCCAAAUAAUUUUUGUGCUUUUUUUGUGCAAUACUAGCAUCUAGAGCUAUCAGUUUGAGGUCCUAUACAGGGAACAAAAAAUUAAUAGCAUCUCGGUUAUAUUGUCUUUGAUAACUCAUAUAGCUAUUAAUUUUUCUUUUUCUUUUUCUGUUUUUUUUUUUAGACAGUAACAGUACAUAUGACAGAGGAAGAAAUGGAUAAUUUUGUUUUUGCUGUUUUGCCAAAAAAGACAGCAGCUAAAAUGCAAAAAGAACUCCAGGAUUUGGUAAAAAAAAGGAUCAUUUUUUGUAAUCCAGUGAUUAAUAAAAUAAUGUGUUUGUGCAUCUGAACUUUGCUUUUUAACUAAAUUGUCUGUACUUUGUCAAUAUUUGAAAUAAAUGGUAUUAUAGAAAAUAAUAUUGAUUUUCUGUACAUGUUAUGUGGCUUUUUUCUUUUUAGACGUUCUUCUGUCCGGAUAAGCGCAGUGGGGCCAAGUAUGAUCUUCCUGCUUCAUAUGUUGUGCUAAGUGAAUCUUCUGAUGCAGCCAAUGCCAUUUUGUCACAACAGGUUUGACUGAAAUUAAUUUGAAUUAUUUGAUGUUCUUUUAUGUAAGGGUAUUAUCAACCUCCUUAUAAGUUAGAACUGUCAACCUAUACAAUAUUAAAAAUAGGUUAAUAGACAGCACCACUGAAAAGUACUGCUCUUAAUUUGUCACAUUUCAAACAGCGUGCAAAGAAAGUCAUGUCCUAUAGCCCGGGGCUAGUGCAUUUUGCCAAUGGGCUAGUGAAUUCUGUUUUUAACUUGCCCGAUGGGCAAGUAAUGUUCUUUGAGGAAUUCAAAUAACAGAAGAACUGUGAAAUCAAUUGUGCUUGUCAAAAAGCUUUUGGGGCUAGUUGAAAUGAUGUCUGAGCUAGUAAAAUUUAAUGCUAGCUUCAGCUUGCCCAAAUGGCAUUAGCUGUAAAAGUGAUUUUCUUUGCACCCUGUUUCAAGAUAUUUUGAUCCACAAAGACAAAAGUUAGAAUCACUGUACAACAUUAUUAACAGUACCACAAGAAAGAAAACUUUUUAAAGGCCACGCUCACACCUUUGUGAUUAUUCUUGGACACAAGAGUUAGAAUCACCUAGUAGUAGGAAACUACAGGCAACACCGUUUGUAAUACUUUGGAACCUGAGUCAUAAAGAUAACACUUCAAAAUGUCAUUUGAAAAACUUCAGUGAAACAGCAAAAGUUUUUCUUAAACAUGUAAACUCGAAGUCAUUUAUAAUGUUUAAACACACCCAGGAACAUGUAACUUAAAAUUCUAUAUUGUCAUCAUGAGAGGAUAUAAUAAAAAAUGAGGAUGAAAUACUUAUAAUUUUUGUUUGUUUGUCUCUUAAGGUUACAAGAGCCAUUUCAGGAGGUGAAGAUAUAUUUGAGUCUUUAAUAUUUUCAGAUCAAUAUGUUGGACCUAAACAACCAGAGGAUGAGUAAGUCUAAUAACAUUUUUAUUAGCAGAGUCAUUUUGGAGGCAUUAUGUAGUUCUUACUUAUUAGUGUACGGAUUAGCUUCAGAACACAGACGUAUUUCUGGUUGUACUAAAAAAAGCUUGGGUGGAGAGACAAGUGUCUGCAUUUGCAUGCCAUGUGUCCAAUUGCUUGUUACUGUUAGUUUUUUUUGGAUUGGGUUUGUUUUGUAACGGAAAACUUCAAGUUACAGUGGUUUUCACAAUCUAAAACAGAAUUACAGCAGCCGUCUUUGGUGCAGUUGAGCAUGUUGUUAAUGUAACCACAGUUAAAAGACUGUAAAUGCAAAAUGGCAGAGGUUUUGUUGAAAUUCCCCCUUUUUAGGCUGUAGUUUGUUUGUUUUAAAAUUGACAAAAAUACUUUUACUUCAGUGAGCAGGCAGCGAAUGGAAAACCUGUCAAACCGAGGAAAGUCCUGCUCUUUAACUUCAAUGGUAAGUUUCUUUUAUACUUUUCCUAGUGAGUGGUAAGACAAGAGAACAAUGACGUUUUAUGACCUGUUACUUGGGGGUAGUGCAAGUAACUAUUGUGUCCCCUUGGGACGGGGAGCACUCGAGCGGUUGCGAAGGAGACUAGGAACUCAUAGGUUUGUGAUAAAUUUCAAAUUUCCCAUUUUCACGUAGAUUGUCCCUGAUUUUUUUUUUUAGGGGAAGGGGCAUCUGUACACAGGGUAGAGAAUAGAAUUGGUACUUUGCACUCCAUCCUAUUAGCUUCUUUCCGGCAGUUGUAAGAUGGUGGAUAAUUGCCUUUUAAGGGGUUGAAAUAUUUAACUUUUUUUUACAUUUUUAUGAUUUUGCCUCAUAUUAUUUUUAUUGAUGGAUAAAAUUUCAACGUGAUAAGGGAAGGGAGCCCAUGGAAUCCAAGAAGGCUUAUGAAAUGACUUCCUGUAAAAAUUUAUGAAAUACGUUUUCCUGGGGUAAUGCAUUAAAUAGGAGAAGUGUGAUGUCAUAUUACCAUGGUAACCAAAUUUCUGGAUCACAACAAUAGGAAGCUUAAGCAACGACGACGGCGGCGGCAAAGAGAACGGCAAAAAAGCAAUAACUUUAUAUUAGCAAAACAGUAAAUUUUUACGUGCAUCACGCUUUUUUGUACAUUUCCUUUCCUUCGCGACUGCGACUAAUUUCACACACCCGCUUUGUGGAGUAGGUGAACACAACACAAAAAUUUUCUUUUUCUUUUGGAUUCAACCCAGAAAAUUUUGCCAAUAUUUGACAAGUUACUCAAAUAGAAUUGAAUAAGAUCGAUGAAUGAAACAGUACGAAUUUAAUUUUUACGUAGAUUUUUGGUUUGUUGUCAUCCAAAAAUUUUGCUACCAUGACAACAGCAUGACAACAUGACUCUCUAUUGGGAGAAAUUUUUUCUCCUAAUUUAUUAAUUUAGACUUAUUUCUGUUUGAAAACAGUGCAGUUGAUAGAUAGUUUGAGCUUCAGUUAAACCAAAUGCAAGUCUGAAAGAGUUAGCUUGCUAAUUCUAGAGGCAUGAUUUUGAGGCUUCUUGGACACAAAACAGCCCGGGCUUUUGCCUUAUUCCAGUCCGCAACUGGCUGUAAUAAGCAGGCUGACUUGUCCCCAGUCGUCUCUUAGUCUUCUAAGCGCGGUCAAUGGGGCAAUGGGAAGGAGAAAAAAGGGGAGAGUUUCCUUUCUUCCCAACACCCCUCGCGCACCCUUUGGUCAAGUUUCUCCCGUUCUGUCCUCCGACUGGGGACGAGUCAAAUUUAAUAAGCAGGCACCCGUUUGAAAAUCUAGCCAGAUUUAUUCAUUGGAAAUUGUCUGUUAGUUCCUUCCAAAGGUAGGAGUACCAAAUCAGCUGACAUGGCUAAACUUGAACCCAUGAUGAGGCUGGUCCUUCACUGUAUCGACAGGGUUCGACGCUUUAGGCUUGGAAAGGAGGUUUGUUGAAUAUUGCUGUAAAUAGCAAUAAAAUAAGGUUGGACCCGCGAGCGGGCAGCGGCAGGACGACGCGAAGUGAAGCGAAGCCCUGUCUUCUGAUUCGCUGCUCAAGCGGCCUAUUCUGCCCACUAGGGAUUUCCCGCGUUGGUCCGGUAAGAAAAAGUAUUAUUGUUGGCCAUCAUAGUAAAUCCCUUUUUUGACCAAGCUUGUUCAGUCAUGAUCGCUGAUGGUCCACAAAAACUUAAAAAAGGACUUGGCCAUUAUAUUUCAGCCAUCUUGACCGAACAAACUUGGUUAAUAACGCGUGUAUAUGUACAUGGCAGUCCCUUUUAACUUAACUCAUGCAAUUUUUCUAAGGCACGCAAAUUUACAAAACCAUUUUUUCACCAAAUAAAUCACCACGCCUCGCUGCAAGGUGUUCAUGCGCACACUCAAAGUUGAAACCACUUUGAUCCUUCUUUAGCAUGACGACGUAAUUACAGUGAACAGUGCGAUCAUAUACGGAACGGGCGUAAACGUCAAAUUGUUUUAUCCUUCCACGACAUUGGGUGGGAAUUUAUUUAGAAUUUCAAAUCGCUUGCUCACUUGUGAAGCGCAAUUUUUUCUACCUAUUUAGAAAAGUUAAAAAAAAUGCCCUGUGCGGAUUGGCCCUCUGUUUCCCUUGUCCGUCAUAACGCGUGUGUCUUGAAAGAAAACUUCAAUUGAAUCCGUUCGUUUCAGUGCAAUGAUGUGCUUUUUUAAAACCUUUUCCUUUCAUUUGUAGGCGAAAGCUAAAGCUGAGAAAAAUCGCCGCGAGCUUGAGGAAAAUCUCUUGAAACAAUCACACUCCCAAAGGCAAGAGGUGAGCAGUCAUAUUUUGUCUUUUAGCAUUCUUGUUUUUUUUGUCGGCAAGAAGAAAAAACGUAAAUUGAACAGCAAUGUCGUUUUGAAAUUAUAGGCUGCACAACAGCGUCGCGAAGACAAAAUAAGAGCUGAAAAGGAACGUAUAAUGCAGGAGGAUGACCCUGAAAGACAACGCCGGCUGGAGGUUUGUAACUUUAAUUGA